UGCUUAUAUUAGCUUAAUCCAUUUAGCAAACAGUUUUUGUGAUUAAAAUGAUCCCAAGAAAUAUUGACUGUAUACUGCAUUGGAUAUUAUACUUACUAUAAUUUUCAAUGUACAUAUUAUAUUUUAAUACUUGAUCUUAUGAAACUCGAGAUAAGAAAUCUUAUUAUGACCGACGUUGCUGUAGUGACGGGUUCUAACAAGGGACUCGGAUUCGCACUAGUAAAAAGGCUUUGUGAAAAGUUCCAUGGAAUUGUAUACUUAACAUCGAGAGAUUCAAAACGGGGGUUUGAGGCGUGUAAAAAAUUAAAAGAAAUAAAUUUAUCACCUCAAUUUUAUGAACUUGAUAUUACUGAUGAUAAAAGUAUAACAAAAUUUAUUACAUAUAUUAAAAACAAGCAUGGUAAAAUUGAUAUUUUAAUUAAUAAUGCUGGAGUAUUAUUCCUUAAAGAUGCCUCAGAACCAAAGCUGUUUCAAGCUGAACAGACACUUCUAGUGAACUUUUAUUCUUUGGUAAACUUUACUGAAGCCAUGUUACCGUUAAUAAAAGACAACGGAACUAUUCUAAACAUAUCCAGUUCUUCUGGACACUUGUCAAGGAUACCGUCAAAUUGUAUUCGGCAACGAAUAAGUGCUCCAGACUUGACUUUACCAAACCUAAAAGAUUUAAUGCAAGAAUAUAUUGAAUGUGUAAAAACCAACACCGAGAAUGAAUUGUGGGGUUCUUCUCCGUAUGUGGUUUCAAAAGUAGCUGUUAACGCAUACACCUUUAUGUUAAACAAAGCAUUAAAGUCGAAAGGUAUUCGGGUAAACUGCGUACAUCCUGGAUACGUCAUCUCUGACAUGACGCACGGGGCAGGCUCCGUGACUCCUGAAGAUGGCGCCGUGGUGCCUAUACAACUGGCUUUGAAUCCAGAAAAUGGAGGUCUAUAUGUCUGGCAUGAUGGGACACUAGUUCCAUGGGACGGACCAGAUCCACGAGGAUAUAUUGAUAAAAUUCAUUGUUAACAUACUAUUUUGCAAGCAACAUAUUUUAUAUUAUUGACUAAAUAUCCUUUAUAUAAUCUCAUUCGGUAAUAUUCUAAUUAUGAAAUGAAAUACAGACCUUUAUUGG